UCGCCGUGGCGGCGCGUGCGCGUUCCCGCAGGUCCACUGGAGUGAAGAUGGCGAGCUUGUGUGCGCGCGCGGCGAGACAGAGCUGCCUCAGACUGCUGUCACCUUCAGCCUUCAGAGCUACACCCCGCCUGCUCUGCACGGCAGCCCAGCAGAAGAGCCCUGGAGCGGGAUCGGAGGAGGAGAAUGGAGCGCAGAAACCCGAACCACCCGCCGCAGAGAAGGCCUUAACUGAGGAGAAAGCUCAGCUGGAAGAACAGGUCAAAGAACUCACGGACAAAUACAAGCGGGCGCUGGCCGACACAGAGAACAUUCGGCAGAGGAGUCAGAAGAUGAUAGAUGAGGCUAAGCUGUAUGGAAUCCAAGGCUUCUGCAAGGAUCUUCUGGAGGUGGCUGACAUCUUGGAGAAGGCGACGCAAAGCGUGCCCAAAGAGGAAGUGAGCUCUGAGAAUCCGCACCUGAAGAACCUGUACGACGGGCUGGUGAUGACAGAGGUUCAAAUCCAGAAGGUCUUCUCCAAGCACGGUCUGGUGAAGCUGGACCCUGCUGGGCAGAAGUUCGACCCCUAUGAGCACGAAGCCCUCUUCCACGCCCCUGUCGAGGGCAAAGAACCCGGCACAGUUGCCUUGGUUACUAAAGUAGGCUACAAGCUUCAUGGCCGAACCCUCCGGCCGGCCUUGGUGGGUGUGGUGAAAGCCCCCUAAUUGACUUAUUUUUAUGGCCUACUCACCAAUUCGGUCUUUCUAAGCAACUGUUGCUGGGAUUGACGAGUUUUUUAGGACACUGGUAAAAAAAAUCCCAUUCAACCUAAUGAGAAACUGUAGAACAGACUGUUUAUAUCACAAUACCUACAUUUAGAGCCAGUUAUUAAUUUCAGAUGUUUAUUUUGCAUGAAUAAUCAGGACAGAGUGGUCUAUUAUUUUGGAGGUUUUUAGCAGUAAACAUAUGCAGUUGAUGGUCUAUUGUAAGGAUUGUUGGUUUCAGUUUCUCAUAAGAUUGAAUGGGAUUUUUUCCCCAGCAUUCUGUAAAGCUUAUCCAAAUUCGUAACACUAGCUACGAAAGAGCACAUUGGUGGGCGGAGCCUGGGUAGGUAAUUUGGUUUAGUUUUGCUGCAGUAAAGGACAGCGGAACGAGCCGUCCAGUCUUUGUGCUGCUGAAGAUGCUGGACUCUAACUUCACAGUGAUGACCAACAGUACGGAUGAUAGUGGAUUGAUUCAACUUUGAAUUUCUAUAUGAAUAGUGACGAAUAUAAUUUAUGUUUAUGAUCAUUCGAGUGCAUUUUUUGAGAGUGGAGUAAGUGGCAGAUGGUGAGAGAUACAUGGAUGGUGGCUUAAAAACCCUCUAUGUUUUGGAGGAGUAGGCAUAAUCACAACUUAACAGCGGUGAUCCUUCAUGACAAGACAGUCCAGGAAAUGCAUUUUGAAUCCUUAGAAAGUUUCAAACUUGUCCAGUAGAGUUUUUAUACAUUUAAGACAAUUUUGGACAAAAAAGGGCUUAUAAUUUUCUACAUAAAGUCUGUAUACUCAGCAUAGAUCUUCAUCCUGCAUCCAAAACCUCUUCAGUUUAAGGCAGCGUAGCAAACGUUCACGGCACGCUGAUCAUUUUUUUUCUGCCCUAAUGCGUCUAUUAAACUUCUGAAGGCUUUAAUAAUCA